AUGGGUAGUCAAGAAAACACAACAAAUACCUCAGAAAAGGGUAGGCGGCUUGCCAAAGCACAUUAUCCUUCAUAUAAACGAGACAGAUUACCAACCUUACAAGAGGUUGUUUUACGUAAAACAGCACCUCCAGUAUGUUUAUUCAACCUUUAUCUUUAUAUGAGGGAUGUAGAAAAUGCUUCAGAGUAUUUGGACUUUUAUCUCGAUAUAUUAGAACAUGAGAUCUUAUGUAGAGCAUAUGUAAAAGACCUUAAAAAACUUGGAUUAGAUGUAAAUACAGAAUAUCCCGAAUAUGAAAGAUAUAGACCGGGAGCAUUUAAGACGGAAAAGGAUAAAUUAAAAUUUAACAAACCAGUUAGUAUAGAGAGUGGUGUUCAAAGGCAAAUUAGUAAUUCUUCUCGUGGUUCGGAUAAUACACUUAAUUCUGGAAGUGACGUUCCUGAAUCUACAAUUGCACAAAAAACCUCAGCUACACAUGUAGUUGAAAUUCAAAAUGACGGUAAUAAUGACAAUAAACUAAAGCAAUAUCGAGAUUCAGUUCGUUCAAAUAAAACAAAUACAACAGCAGGAAAUCUUUCGCUUUGUAAUCGUGAAAGACCAUUCACAAGAGAUGAUCUUCGCGAAUCAGCAGAAAGGAUAUUUUUUAAAUAUAUAUUUAGUGGAUCUGAAAAAGAGAUUUUCUUAUCGAAUGAUAUUAAAGAAAAAAUUACUCGCGCUAUAGAAGAAGAAGGUAUUUUUCAACACAAAAGAGAUGAUCCUUGGAUUUACCACGAGGCUAAAAAGGAAAUUUAUGCAUUUAUGGAAAAGGAAUAUUUCCCUAGAUUUUUAAUGGCGAGGGCAUUUGGUAACAUGAAUGCCACACAAAUUUUGAUGAGAUUAGGAAUUGGUACAUUCUUCUUAUUUCUUGGUUUUGCCAUAGCAUUAAGUUUGAUUUUCUUGAAUAUAAUGCCAAGAACAGUUCGAUUAUGGAGUUUCAUUCCGAUAUUUUUGGGUGUGAAAAAUUUAUUUGUUUGUAUAACGAAGCUGAGUCCGUUAUUUGUCUUGUUAAGAAUAAGCGAAACGACAUUCUUUCAAUUUCAACGCGUAAUGGAAUCAUAUAUAUACACAUUACAUGUAAAGAAAGGAAUAAGAAUAUUUUUACAAAGUUUAAUAGUUUCUAUAAUUAUUACAGCUAUUUUUGUAGCAGUUCCAGGUCAUCGGCUAUAA